UAGUUUACUUCAGAUGGCUGAGAAAACAACCAGAGGCCCGCAGGAUGUCCUGGGCUCUUCUCCCGAUGAAAAUGAAUUUCCUUUCGGAUAUCCCACUAACAUUUGUGAGGAUGUGCCUGAUCAGAAGUACCUGUGCAGCAAUUGCAAUAACGUUCUGAAGAAAGCCCUGCAAACGCUCUGUGGGCAUCGGUACUGCUCCGCCUGCCUCUCCUGGAUUGUACGAAACAACAAAAAUGCCAUUUGCCAGAAAUGUAAAGAGGAAGAUCCCAGCACUUUAAGUGAAGGAAGCCUAUUGGCAGAAGAAAGGGCUUUUGGUGAUGCUGCCAUUAACAAAGAGAUUUCUGAACUGCAAGUACACUGUGUGACCCUUGGAUGCAGUUGGUCUGGUAUCAUGAAAAAUUUCGAAGAGCACCAGAGCUUAUGUGAAUAUGCUUUAAUCCCUUGUCACACUGGUUGUGGGCACGUGGUGAUGAGAAAGAAACUCGCAGACCAUUUGGAAAAUGGAUGUGUUAACAACGUGACAGUGUGUCAGAAAUGUAAGCAGCCCUUGUCCAGCAGUGAAUACCAAGGAAGCAAAGAGAAGAUAAAGGAGCAUGAAAAAACUGCAGUUGGGGCCCACAUGCUGCUUCUACUGCAGCACAUCAAGCAACUAAAGGAAAGUGUGUGCACUGCUGCCAAAGCUGCAAAUGGUUUUGUCCCGCAGUCAGAGCUGAACUUGAACGGUGCAGGAAAAAGCAUCUCUGAUCUGCAGAUGCCAAGGGGGCUGGAAAUCAAUGGGGGUCUGGAAGUAGACUGUUUUCCUCGAUCUUCUGUUUCUGAAGAUGAAUCUCUUUUGGAACAACUUGUGAGGGAGAAAGUGAUUUCUGAGCUAGAAAACAAGCUACAUGUGUUUGAGAAUAUCGUGGCAGUGCUCAAUAAAGAGGUGGAGACCUCUAACUUGGAAAUCACAGCCUUUCGGAGACAGAGUGAACUCGAUCAAAAUAUAAUACGAGGCCUUGAGCUGAAGAUUGCAGAGUUGCACCGGUGUCUGACACAGAAGGAUGCAGGCCUGAGCAGUCUUCAUAAGAGUCUUCUGUUCUCUGAGCAAGCUUCCUAUGAUGGGGUCUUUCUGUGGAAAAUAACAGAUGUUGGCAGGAAGUUACAAGAUUCUGUGACUGGAAGAACAGUCAGUUUGUAUUCACCAGCUUUCUACACUGCAAAGUAUGGCUACAAGGUCUGUCUGAGGGUCUACCUGAAUGGGGAUGGGACAGGAAAAGGAACCCACGUGUCCCUGUUCUUUGUCGUCAUGAGAGGAGACUACGAUGCUCUGCUCCCGUGGCCGUUCAGACACAAGGUUACGUUUAUGUUACUGGACCAAAAUAACAGGGAACACGUUAUUGAUGCGUUUCGUCCGGACUUGACUUCUGCUUCAUUUCAGCGACCAGUGAGUGACAUGAAUGUUGCAAGUGGCUGUCCCAUGUUCCUCCCUUUGGCCAAACUACAGUCACCUAAAUAUGCCUACGUGAAAGAAGACACGCUUUUCCUUAAGUGCAUUGUAGAAACAAAUUAG